AUGACAAACAACCUGCGCUACGGUCAACAACAUGACCGAUUUCUGUCUCUUUCUCUACGUUUCUUUCAAUGCGCGACGUCUAUCGUCGCAUUGAUCCUCAUGACCAUCAGUUUUAAAGCACAAAAGAUGACGUUUUUAACCGAGAAUGGCAAUGUACAAGAAAUGACGGUCUAUUACGGUGGUCCAGCCGUCAAUUUUGUCAUGAUUGUGUCCUUUACUGCGUGUUUUUACGACGUCUUUCUCCUCUUGUUGGUCUUUACGCUACAGUGUGUUCGAAUUCCACCAUGUUGGAGCUUUGGGAUUGAUGCUGUCUUUACUAUGCUCUUUAUGAGUGCUGGCUGUGCCUUGGCAGCCUGUGAUUACGUACGCUAUUGUGAUGCAUUGCAAGAUAUUGUGCAUUGUGCAUUAUUAACAUCGGGUGCUGCAUUGUGUUUCAUGGCAUUUGUGGGGUUUUUAAUGAGUGUCACGUGGGGUGCAUGGAUGCGUAAUACAUGGGGGAGUACGUCUCAAAAGAAAGAGUCUCUUGAUCAAAUGGGGACUUUACCUCCGUCUGUCUUACCUAGUGACCUUGUCUUAAGUGGCGGAAUGGACUUUGAUCUGGAACAUGGAACGACAACGUAUAAUACGUACGUUCAGGACGGCUAUAGAGAGUCAUAA